UUCCCCGGGCAGCCCAUUCCAAUGUCCAAUCACACUUUCCGAGAAGGAAUUUCUCCCGACGCACGAUCUGAACCGGCAGCUCCGCCGCUCCGGCCGUGGAUAGCGGUCAAUGGAGAGGGAGCCCCGCAGGGCGCGGUGCCGCAUCCCGGAAACGGGAAAAGGGAAGGGAUGGGAGCACUGGCGGCGGCGGGGCGGACGUGCGGGCAGGGCGGGGAGAGCAGCGAGCGGCCCCGGCCGUGCAGGAAGGGGGCGGAGGAGGGCGCGGRGCGGCCCGGGAGCGGCGCCCCGAUCGCGCUCCCCCUGCCCAGCCCCGGCCAUGAAUAUGUAACUCCCCUCUAUUUCCCGAGCUCCAUUGCGGAGCCGCCGCUCGCCAUAUUGUGCUGCGGGGGCUGCGGCGGCACCGCCGGCCACAGAGGGACGCGGCUGCGGCGGGCGCCAUGUCGCAGGCCGUGCAGACCAAUGGGACACAGCCCCUGAGCAAGACCUGGGAGCUCAGCCUGUACGAGCUGCAGAGAACGCCCCAGGAAGCCAUCACGGAUGGUCUGGAGAUCGUGGUGUCACCRCGGAGCCUGCACAGCGAGCUCAUGUGUCCCAUCUGCCUGGACAUGCUCAAGAACACCAUGACCACCAAGGAGUGUCUGCACCGCUUCUGCGCCGACUGCAUCAUCACUGCCCUGCGCAGCGGCAACAAAGAAUGUCCCACAUGUCGCAAGAAGCUCGUCUCCAAGCGCUCCCUGCGGCCAGACCCCAACUUCGACGCUCUCAUCAGCAAGAUCUACCCGAGCCGGGAUGAGUAUGAAGCUCAUCAGGAGAGGGUGCUGGCCAGGAUCAGCAAGCACAACAACCAGCAAGCCCUGAGCCACAGCAUCGAGGAGGGAUUAAAGAUUCAGGCUAUGAACAGGGUGUGUCUGUGYCCCCGUGUCCCCAGGUUGCAGCGGGGCAAGAAGCAGCAGAUCGAGAACGGCAGCGGCGCUGAGGACAACGGCGACAGCUCRCACUGCAGCAACGCCUCCACGCACAGCAACCAGGAGGCAGGGCCCAGCAACAAGAGGACCAAAACCUCGGAUGAUUCGGGGCUGGAGCUGGACACCAACAACACCACAGUGGCCAUAGACCCCGUGAUGGAYGGGGCCAGCGAGAUCGAGCUGGUGUUCAGGCCUCACCCCACCCUCAUGGAGAACGACGACAGCGCGCAGACGAGGUACAUCAAGACCUCGGGCAAUGCCACAGUGGAUCACCUGUCCAAGUACCUGGCGGUGAGGCUGGCCCUGGAGGAGCUGCGCAGCAAAGGCGAGUCCAACCAGAUGACCCUGGACACGGCCAGCGAGAAGCAGUACACGAUCUACAUCGCCACGGCUGCCGGCCAGUUCACUGUGUUAAAUGGGUCRUUUUCCCUGGAACUGGUCAGUGAGAAGUACUGGAAGGUGAACAAACCCAUGGAACUGUACUAUGCCCCCACCAAGGAGCACAAAUAAGUCCUGGGAACUGGGAUGGGACUAACUUUUUGUAGCUAUGACUCGUUUAAUAUUAAAAUAAGGCACCGGUAUCUUCAUGGACAGCACAUGUGGCGCCUUCAGGCACUCUCAGUACCCUCAGUAACAUGACUAGACAGUAUUCUGGGCUGUAUUUAAUUUAGUCUUUGGGUUGGGUUUUUUGGUUUUUCCCUAGGAGACUAAAUGACCUGCAGUGCAUUCCAGUGUUUGAGAUGCUUUUUUGUUCCUAAUGCAUGACACCUGAUACAGUAAUCUGGUUUGGAAUGGCUUUGUUUUGUCCAGGUGAAUCUGGAUUUCUGCUCCACUGGACUCAGUUCCAGUAACCUCUGUGAAGUGUGGAAUGUUGGGUGGCCGAGCAAAUCUGUUCCAUAGCAGCACAUGCCAUGGAAUGURUUCAGUGUUGGAAUUUGGUGACUGUUACCCAUCUGAAGAAUUGAUAGGUAGAGAAUGGAUGGAUCUGGGAUACUCUUGCAGCUUGACAUAAUCAGAUUCCCUAGGAAAGGUUCAUGAAGUCAUUUUCUUGUGAAAAAAGUGCAUUUCACACCUUGUGACAGGUAUUGCUGCCCAUGGCAGGGGCUUGGACAGAGAUGGUGUUUAAGGUCCCUUUCCAAGUCGAGCCAUCUGAAAGUUCUGGGAUUCCAAACAGAGCUGCAGUGAGAAAACUGACACUUUAAAACCUUUGUUUACUGGGCUCAGUUUAAUACUUCAGUGCAAGGUGGUUCAUUGGAUUGGUCUGGUUUUUAAUAUUCCAGUCAGAAAACACCCUAACAUCCCAAACCCAUAACUCUUCCCCAUGCAGGACAUGUCAAUCUUGAUUCCUGCUUGGCCUCUAUUGCAUUGUUGCCCUGUCCUUGAAGUUUAGCUGAAGCAAAUCUGGCUGUUUCACAGCCCUACUUUGUUGCCUAGAGUAGGGUCUCUGUUGUGAAAAUGAGCUGUGAAGAACUGUCCAGAAAACCUUUUUGUUACAAUAAAUCCCCCAAAUUCCAGCACAUGGCCAUCCAGAUGUUUUGCUUUGGGGAACUGUGCCACCCCAGCARGGACCUUUUCCUGGUGGCAGUGUGAGUAGGAACACUUUGUAAGCUGCUCCAAGAUUCUACUUUUGUUACUUUGCCAUAGCUUUAACAAACGUGGCUUAGCACUUUGGAAGAYAACUUUAGUACUUGACCAAGUUUACCAUUUAGUGUCUUACGCUUCGGUUCCAGUUUCCCAUCGUGCAGUGGCUGUGCUCUAAGGCCCAGUAGCUGCUGCUCAUUUGCAUGUUCAGCCUCUGUGCCCUGGCUCUGGACCUUGCUGUGGCUCUGAGGGGGCAGCCUGACCUGUCCUCUGUCCUGUCUGAAGGGAAGCUGUCACCAUGAGGUUCCCUUUGCUCUCAGUCUUGCUGAUGAACCCUCCCAUUUGCCCACGAGGYUUGAAGAAAGAAGAGUUGGUGGCAGGUGGGAACACCAGGUUUUACCCCACAGGCUGUGCUUUUCACUGCUCCUGUGUCCUGCCUGGAGUCCCCCUGGCUUUGGCACGUGGUAGAGAACUGUUCUGCUGCUUGGGGGUUCUCUUGGGAAGGAUUUGUCCUUCCCUGGCUCUGGGCUUUCCUCUCACUUACAGUGUCCCUUCUGGCUGCUGUUCAGAUCAGCUUUAUCCCGCUGUGAAAACUGCACAGGCUUCUUUGAGUAACUCGGUUAUUCUCUCGGACUGGAGAGCCUUGGGUUUUUGUGACAUGAAAUGGAAGUAUUGAGGCCCCAGAGCACAGAGGGGCAGCUGUUAAGGGACCUGGUUUUGCUGACUUUGUGAAGCGUUGCUGUAUAGACUGUAGUGCAUGUCCAUGGAAUAUUAGGGGGGUGGGGGAACAGCUGUUCUAAAUGCUUUAAAGUUAUUGGRGAAACUUCUAGAUUAGUGCCAGCACCCCUCCUGGGGAGAGCUGAGGGGAUGGACAGUCCCUUGAGCAAGAGAAGUGUUGUGAAGCUGAGCAGUCUGUCUAGGAGCCGUCUGUCACUUUGUCCCCAGUUCUUUUAAAAAAGCGUGGGAGAAUGUGAAGCUUUUAUUUUCAUGUUGUAGUGAAUUUCCUAAAUAUUUAUGUUCUUUAAAUGUUAUAUAUAUAAUGUAGUUGUUUGAUUAAACCAUUGAUUGCACUGUGA